AUGGGACCCAACUGCACCAGGAAACAACCACGCCUGAAGCCACCACGAGCUCGGCAUCAACCGCAACUCCGACGAGCCCUGCUUCGUGCAGUGCUCCCGCUUCGAGUGCUCGCGCUUCGAGAACACUACGUCAUGGAUAUGACCGUCGAAGAGGUCCAGCAGCAUGGCCGUGCGCCUCCGCCCGUGGACAAGUCCUGCCCGCCUGCAGCGUACGAUUUUGGCAGGCUGGCCGGCUGUGCAGAUGAUAGCUGUGGCAUGGCAUUCCCUCGUGUCCUGCGCAGCGCCUUCCAGUGGAUUGGCACCGGCGGCCUCUUCCUUCUGCCGCGAUUGGGCCCGAACAUUGUACCGCACAUGCCAGCUGCAGCGCUGGCAUUUGGGUGCAACCAGCUGUUUAGUCUGGCGUGCGAGGUGGAUCGCGUCUACAUGGCAGAGGCAGCAGCGCAACUGGCCCGCCCUGAAGAUGAACGGGGGGACUGUGUGCUGCUGCAGCCUGCUGCUGACCGCGCCCGCGACGCUGCCUACUACAGCACAAAGUACACUGGCAAGAGCAUCAACGACAGCCAGGCACAGCUGACAUGCAACGCUCUUACCCGAGUGCAGGAUUUCCUGCUAGCUGGAAGGACACCGAAUCCGGGUGCCAGUGGGCCCACCGCGUUUGGCAACAUGUGUGCCACUGUGCAUCGCAUGACCGCUUCCGUUACGGCUGGUAUGGCGCUUGUCGCCAUGAAGCUGGACGGUCAUUCCACCUUCGAGGCGACGUUCGAUUGCGCAUACCUGCAGGUAGACGCGUUCACAGCGCUAUCUGCGGGCGCCGAGCAAUCUCCUGAGGUGGCGACCACAGCGGCAUUACUGGUGGAGGCUGAGGAGCAGGAGGGCUACACGGUGACCAACGCCGUGCAUAACUACGUGCUGCGGGGGGAAGAACUCAGCGGCCUGGACUGCAGUGUGUACAACAUAGCCUCCAACUACGAGGUCCGACGUGUGCCGCCAGCUCAGCACCCGCACCGAGAGCGAUUGGGUCUACAGAUCCCGGUGGCAGCUCGACGCCGCAAGCGCACUACCCCAGCCACACCCAUAACCGCCCCUGUGCCUGCCCCUGUGCCUCUGCUGACUGCAGCCCCGGCCCCUCCUCCUGAGCCACCUGCUCCUACAGCUGCAGCGACACUCGACCAGCCAACUUCUCAGACAGCCACGGAGCUGCCCCGCCUGCGGCAGCAUGCUGCAUCACAGCAGACAGCCGCGCCAGCUAAUUCAAGGGGGUCCGCAGAGGGCCAGCAAGCGGUUGCUGCUGUCGAUACGCCGGUGGAGGAGCAGCAACAGGCUGCUGAACCUUCUGCUGCGGAAUUACGGGCUAAAUGGCGACGGCAGAAAGCUGCACAGCGUGCCGCAGCCCCUCCUGAGUUGCGGGUGUUGCAGCGCCAGCAGGAUGCUGCACGGCACGCAGCUGCACGUGCUGACCCGGAGGUGGGGGCGCAGCUGCGGCUGUAUAACACUGCACAUCACGCGGCUGCUCGUACUGACCCGGAGGUGAGGGCGCAGGAGCAGCUGCAGAACACUGUGCAGCGUGCCGUUGCCCGUGCUAAUCCCGAGGUGAGGGCGCAGGAGCAGCAGCGCAACACGGCCCAGCAUGCGGCUGCACGGCAGGUGCAGCAGCAGAACCAGCAGGCCGGCCCUAGGGAUACAAUAUUGGCUCGCAUGCACCGUCUCCUGCGAUUCACGGACCUCCAUCGUGGCGACGUCAUUGACUUGCCAGAAUUUAUUUUGGCGAUUCCAGAGGGCCGCGUGCAGGAUCUUCCUGGCGGUCAGUUACCGCCUGACAGGCAGGUACCGUACACAGUACAGCUGCAGUGUGCAUCGACCAUGGCUGCUGCCUUGCGCCGGCGCAUGCCCUCCCGUGUCUGUGCUGUGUGCUCUGAAGUGUGCUCGGAGGACCAGUCGACGGUGCUGCACUGGAUGGAUAUUCCCAACGUUGACAUUUUACGUGCAGACAUCAUGUGUACGGACGCUGUGCAGCGCUGGGGACGUACUCUAGUGUGGCGAUGGAUGGCGCGUACAUCUCAGGGAGAUGCGCCACCGCCACCUGAGCCAGUCCUGCCUGCUCGGUAUCGUGUUAGCCGGGCUGAGCGGGCUGGUGCUGUGGAUGAGGACGGCGGCAGUGCUAGUGGAGCAGGCAGGCUGGUGGAUGAUGUAGCGGAAGGGGCAUUGGAGAUGGGUGGUGAUGCUCCGGAGACUGGUGAUUUAGAGGCAGCGGCGGCUGGGCAGGAGCCGGCCGAGCAACUUCUGCUGGACCAACAGCCGCGUCCUCCGCGGGUGCUGCCCAGAGCCUGCCUUGACGACCCAGCUAGUGUGGAGGUGCCGUACUGCAUGCGGUUAGAGCCGGAUCUGCCCAACCGCACUAUGCUGGUCGGCGACAGUGUUGCAGAACGCAUGUUCAUAUGCAACGCCUGCCACAAGGCCUUGAGUGCCUGCCGAGUUCCCGAAGCUGCACUGGCGCGUCUGGACCCUGGCGAUGUGCCGCGCGUCAACCAUCUGGGUGACCCUCUGCCGUCGCCCACUUUCCUGGAGGGGCAGCUUCUGGGCCGCGGCCGCAUCGUCCAGCAGUUGCUCAUCAUGUACCUGGCAGACCGACCGCCGGACGUCUUCCCGCGUGCUGUAAAGACUCACGGCAUUGGGGUCGUAAAUCCUGACCCGAAUAUGCUGCGAGCACAGCUGCCGGCGCGGGCGUCCGACCUGGCUGGCGCUAUCACGGUUGUGUGUGUCGACCAGGUUCGCAACCGGGCGGAGCUGCUGGAACGUGUGCGAAAGGCGCCAGGUCUACAGCACAACGAUGAGGAGGAGCUGGCUGUUGAUGAGGAUGCUCUGCAGGAGUACGAACGCAUGGGCUGUGCUGCAGGUGUGCGGCAGUUCCAGGACGUGGUGGAAGCGGCUGUACGUGAUGGCAAUCUUGCCGAUGCAACUGCGGUACCUGACAUGGAUCCUGUAAGACCGGUGCAGCCAACACUGGCGGAUCCGACCCCGAAUGCAGGACCGGUGCAGCCAACGCUGGCGGAUCCGACCCCGAAUGCAGGGCAAGACCCUGGACCGGGGCCAUUCACCGCCAUCCUGCGUGGACCUGUCGACCAGCCAGUUGAAGGUGCACCAGUCGAUCCGGCAGCUGCCACUCUGGACGAGCUGGAGCUGAUCCUGCCACAGCCGUCGAAUGUGGGCGAUGAUGGCAGCGAAAUCGACCGCUUCCCGGGCCGAGUGGAGGACCUUCUGACUGGCCGCGCACGGCUUGCGUUUGCGGCUGGUGGCCGUGACAGCCACGUGCUGGAUGACCGUCAUCCCGCCAUCCUCACCCUUUGCUUCCCCCAGUCCUUCCCGUACGGCUUUUCUGGUCAGCGUCCCCGCGGCAUGUCUUUUCCGGCGUAUUGUCGCCACCUGCUGCACCGCGUGCCGCGGACACAAUUCGGCGGCAAUCUCAUGCUGCUGGCACGCAUGUACGACAUCUGCGUGCGCCACGAAAGCAUGGCGCAAGUGGGCAUUACCAUGAACAUGCGGCCGCAUCUUGGCGAACCAGCGGCGUGUGUGCCGCGUGAUGUAAUCCGUGCUAUGGGCACCAUACUGGCGCUGCCGUAUCGGCACUCACAGCGGCGGCAGCUGCUUGCGCAGCAGUCGCCGCUGGUUAAGGCGCUGGUGGAGGGGGCCCGCCUCAGUACUCUGCGCCUCGACCUCACAGACGCAUAUUACAACGGUGCCCGAUCCAAGAUGCGUGCAGCCGCCCUCACCAUUGGCUGGCCCCCGCUGUUCUUCACCGUAAAUCCGGCAGAUAUGCAUGCAGCCUGUGCAGUCGUGGCCUCCGGGCAGGUGUUGGACUUCGAUGAUGACGGACGACCGCAACAUAUCCCGAGCACGGUGGAGAAGUGGCGGCGUGUGAAGGAUGACCCGUAUAGUUGCGCCGCCCUGCUGGUGGCCACCAAGGAGGUUCUGGUGGAGGAGCUCUUCGGCUUCGCGCCAGGCGCCAUGCAGCAGACAAACCCGCGCUGCUUCUGCGGGCUCACGUUUGAGGUGGCGGUCAAGGUGGAGCAGAGCGGCCGCCUCGCCCUGCACAUCCACGGUGUUGCGCAUGUGGCCACAUUCGCAGUCGAGCGCCUUCAGGCGCUGUUCAGUGGACCCAACUGCCGAGCGCUGGCCCUGGCAUACGCCCUGUGCGCCAUGUGGUAUCCCUCGCCGUACUAUGACCCUUUCACCUGCGGUGCAGAACACUACGUCAUGGAUAUGACCGUCGAAGAGGUCCAGCAGCAUGGCCGUGCGCCUCCGCCCGUGGACAAGUCCUGCCCGCCUGCAGCGUACGAUUUUGGCAGGCUGGCCGGCUGUGCAGAUGAUAGCUGUGGCAUGGCAUUCCCUCGUGUCCUGCGCAGCGCCUUCCAGUGGAUUGGCACCGGCGGCCUCUUCCUUCUGCCGCGAUUGGGCCCGAACAUUGUACCGCACAUGCCAGCUGCAGCGCUGGCAUUUGGGUGCAACCAGCUGUUUAGUCUGGCGUGCGAGGUGGAUCGCGUCUACAUGGCAGAGGCAGCAGCGCAACUGGCCCGCCCUGAAGAUGAACGGGGGGACUGUGUGCUGCUGCAGCCUGCUGCUGACCGCGCCCGCGACGCUGCCUACUACAGCACGAAGUACACUGGCAAGAGCAUCAACGACAGCCAGGCACAGCUGACAUGCAACGCUCUUACCCGAGUGCAGGAUUUCCUGCUAGCUGGAAGGACACCGAAUCCGGGUGCCAGUGGGCCCACCGCGUUUGGCAACAUGUGUGCCACUGUGCAUCGCAUGACCGCUUCCAUUACGGCUGGUAUGGCGCUUGUCGCCAUGAAGCUGGACGGUCAUUCCACCUUCGAGGCGACGUUCGAUUGCGCAUACCUGCAGGUAGACGCGUUCACAGCGCUAUCUGCGGGCGCCGAGCAAUCUCCUGAGGUGGCGACCACAGCGGCAGUACUGGUGGAGGCUGAGGAGCAGGAGGGCUACACGGUGACCAACGCCGUGCAUAACUACGUGCUGCGGGGGGAAGAACUCAGCGGCCUGGACUGCAGUGUGUACAACAUAGCCUCCAACUACGAGGUCCGACGUGUGCCGCCAGCUCAGCACCCGCACCGAGAGCGAUUGGGUCUACAGAUCCCGGUGGCAGCUCGACGCCGCAAGCGCACUACCCCAGCCACACCCAUAACCGCCCCUGUGCCUGCCCCUGUGCCUCUGCUGACUGCAGCCCCGGCCCCUCCUCCUGAGCCACCUGCUCCUACAGCUGCAGCGACACUCGACCAGCCAACUUCUCAGACAGCCACGGAGCUGCCCCGCCUGGUGGCCUUCCACAGCACGCAUCCGCUGUACAAAACACAUGUCCACAUCCGCCUGCCGCGGCCACGAUAUGUACAGCUUGGAGGCUCUCUUCCCCGCCGGCCCCGCCCUGGCACCUCUGCUGCGGGCAUGGCGCAGUACUACGCGUUUGUCCUGGGUACUUUCAAAGCUCACCGGGGUCAGCCCAUCCCCCCCGGGCUGACUGUAAAGGAAGCCUACGACACCUGGUGGGCAGAGCUGGGCACUACCGAGGCAGGUCGCUCGUACCAGGCAUACGUAUCGGUGCUGCUGGACAACAUCGAAGAGGACCACGCUGGGAAAGCCCGCCGUCAGGCGGAGUACAACCAACGGCGCCGCCAGCAGCGUGCAGCAGCGGCAGCAGCCGCGCUGCCUGAAGGUGACAGCACGAGCGCUUCGGAUGGAGAUACCGAUGAUGGCAUCCGCGGGCAUCUCAGGCCUGAUCCUGAAACACAGCCGCCCGCCGAGGACCAGCUGGAGCACUUCGUGUACAUCCCAGAUGAUAGCUGUGGCAUGGCAUUCCCUCGUGUCCUGCGCAGCGCCUUCCAGUGGAUUGGCACCGGCGGCCUCUUCCUUCUGCCGCGAUUGGGCCCGAACAUUGUACCGCACAUGCCAGCUGCAGCGCUGGCAUUUGGGUGCAACCAGCUGUUUAGUCUGGCGUGCGAGGUGGAUCGCGUCUACAUGGCAGAGGCAGCAGCGCAACUGGCCCGCCCUGAAGAUGAACGGGGGGACUGUGUGCUGCUGCAGCCUGCUGCUGACCGCGCCCGCGACGCUGCCUACUACAGCACGAAGUACACUGGCAAGAGCAUCAACGACAGCCAGGCACAGCUGACAUGCAACGCUCUUACCCGAGUGCAGGAUUUCCUGCUAGCUGGAAGGACACCGAAUCCGGGUGCCAGUGGGCCCACCGCGUUUGGCAACAUGUGUGCCACUGUGCAUCGCAUGACCGCUUCCAUUACGGCUGGUAUGGCGCUUGUCGCCAUGAAGCUGGACGGUCAUUCCACCUUCGAGGCGACGUUCGAUUGCGCAUACCUGCAGGUAGACGCGUUCACAGCGCUAUCUGCGGGCGCCGAGCAAUCUCCUGAGGUGGCGACCACAGCGGCAGUACUGGUGGAGGCUGAGGAGCAGGAGGGCUACACGGUGACCAACGCCGUGCAUAACUACGUGCUGCGGGGGGAAGAACUCAGCGGCCUGGACUGCAGUGUGUACAACAUAGCCUCCAACUACGAGGUCCGACGUGUGCCGCCAGCUCAGCACCCGCACCGAGAGCGAUUGGGUCUACAGAUCCCGGUGGCAGCUCGACGCCGCAAGCGCACUACCCCAGCCACACCCAUAACCGCCCCUGUGCCUGCCCCUGUGCCUCUGCUGACUGCAGCCCCGGCCCCUCCUCCUGAGCCACCUGCUCCUACAGCUGCAGCGACACUCGACCAGCCAACUUCUCAGACAGCCACGGAGCUGCCCCGCCUGGUGGCCUUCCACAGCACGCAUCCGCUGUACAAAACACAUGUCCACAUCCGCCUGCCGCGGCCACGAUAUGUACAGCUUGGAGGCUCUCUUCCCCGCCGGCCCCGCCCUGGCACCUCUGCUGCGGGCAUGGCGCAGUACUACGCGUUUGUCCUGGGUACUUUCAAAGCUCACCGGGGUCAGCCCAUCCCCCCCGGGCUGACUGUAAAGGAAGCCUACGACACCUGGUGGGCAGAGCUGGGCACUACCGAGGCAGGUCGCUCGUACCAGGCAUACGUAUCGGUGCUGCUGGACAACAUCGAAGAGGACCACGCUGGGAAAGCCCGCCGUCAGGCGGAGUACAACCAACGGCGCCGCCAGCAGCGUGCAGCAGCGGCAGCAGCCGCGCUGCCUGAAGGUGACAGCACGAGCGCUUCGGAUGGAGAUACCGAUGAUGGCAUCCGCGGGCAUCUCAGGCCUGAUCCUGAAACACAGCCGCCCGCCGAGGACCAGCUGGAGCACUUCGUGUACAUCCCAGGUCAGGAGUAUCCGACGGCUGGCACCGACCUCGCCGCCGUCGCUCUUACGGACCUGUUUGACUGCACCAACGCUGCUGGCGUGUAUGCCUAUAAUGCAGCACGGCGCUGCCGGGCCCCGGCCCUAGCGGAUGGCCAUGGUGCAGGCAGCGAUCGUUUCAGCCGUCGGAUCACACCAGCGGACCUGCCCCUCCUGACUGAAGCAACCAAGCGUCUGAAGCGGUAUCUCGUUGCCGCAGCAGCCGGCACUGUUGAGGCAGAUGGGGGCGCCCACACGGGACUGACGGCCACACCUGAGAUGGACACCCCUCGUGUCGAGCUGCACCGCCCCACCAGCGGACCCCUGGUCGCCAUCGUGCGCAUGCCUGGCACUCCUGAGCGGACUGAACAGGCUCGCAUGCCCAUCUAUGUGCACCUCCCCCAGCCGCCCAGCAUCGACGACACCAUCGAGCUGUUCACGCUUGCCCCCCACCAGGCCGUGCCCUUUAUGCUCAUGGCUCGGUACUUCGAUCAUCGCGAUGAGCCCAACCCUGGCGACCCGCCGCAGAUGCUUGUGGAGGGCAAGCCCGGUACCGGAAAGAGCCAGUUCGUACAAGCGCUCCUGUGGUACACCUUCCAGCAUGGCUGUCCGCACUGGGCGGCCACCUGCGCCUACUCAUGGGCUGCUGCAACUGCCUUCAGCACGCCGGUGCAUCGCAGCCUCUCUACCCACGCCAUGUUCGCCCUAUCUGCUGGCAGCAACCGAGCGGACAGCGUCAGGAAAGGCAGCGCAGCCAGCCUACAGGUGCAUCGGAAUGUCGGUGAUGGUGCACUCAUCAUUGACGAGAUCGGCAUGAACAGCCUGGACCACCUGGGUGCGUGCAACCAGUCCUGCACUCGUCACCUGUUGCCGCCACCGCAUCUCGCCGGCGACCACCCCGCCGCCACCAUCUUCAGCGGCCGUCCCAGCGCCAACACGGGCGACGAGUUCCAGCACCCGAAGCCAGGUGGCCCGCCCCUCUACAAGUACGCCGCUGCUGUGGAAUGCAACCCUCAGUUCUCGCCCUCUGUCCCAACCGUGCAACCUCUGCACGGAGACGAGGACAACGAUGGCGACCCUAAUGAGGCCGCCGCUGGAUCUCAAGGCAGUCAGCAGCAACCCGAAGCAGCAGCACGCCGGCCCCGGGCCGUCCCACAGACGCAGAGCUGCAUACUUGAGGGCUUCCGGGUUUACCGAUCCCUGGCUAAGACGGUCUUCUUGCUGGAGAAGCAGCAGCGCCAGGACAGCAGCCCCUCUGGUCGUCGCCUGACAGAGUAUGCCUCUAUGUUUGGCGGUGAGCCAGCCACCGAGCAGCGCAUAGCCGAGAUGGUCGACGACCUUAACAGCCGCGCCAUCGUCGACUUGGCCGACCUGGCACACCUCGAGCCGCGCGUCGUGCUGCAGAGGAACGAACCACGCCACACACUCAAUACCCGGCUCAUCAUGCUGGAGGCACAGCACAAGAAGCAGCGCCUUGUGGUGUGGAAUGCGGACCACGUCCCUGUCCAGAAGCGCGGUGCUGCUGCGGAACCGGCCCUGACACACGUGGAGAAAGCAGUUGCGAUGCGGAUCAAGGAUCACGAGUUUGGCCACACCACCGCCGACACGUGGUACUACCAUGGCGCCCGAUACAUCCUCCUUGAUACGACUGCUGCCGAUGCCGGAGCGAGCCACAACAACGAGGUGGAAGCCUGCGGCCUGCUUGAGGAUGGCCGCGAGCCAGCCGAUGAUGGCCGUGGCCCCUACCGCCGGCUCAAGUACCUUCCAGCGGCUGUCAUUGUGCGGCCUAUAAGCGGCCACAUCCCCGGCACCGUGCUGCAGGGCCUUGGAGACUACGCCAGCAGGGGUGGUGCCUUCAUCCUGUCACCCCGGGCGUCUUGCAUUGCCGAGGUCGACAUGCCUGCCGCCGGGUACGGCACCAUCACAAAGCAGAUCCGGCGCCUCAACGUACCGCUCGGCGACCGCCAGGCGGUCACCGAUUACUUCGUGCAAGGCCGCAGCUUCAAAGACGAGUGCUGGCUGGUGGAUCUCGCUCUCCUACGAAGUAGGAAAGCGGAGGCCUUAGGCCGAUCCGGCGUCCGUCUGUCCACCAAGUCGCCGGUUCAAUCCCCACUACGGCCCACUCGCGCGAACAGCGCGCUCUAG